UAUGCCGCGCUUUCUGAUACCUACCAAUAAAUUACUUUUUAGUCACCAUAAAAUUGUUAUAUAAAACUAAAUAUGUAACAGUACUUUAGUAAUUUAACUGUUUAACUGUGUUUUAAGUAUAAGCCCGUAUUUAUAAGUAUAUUUAAAAAAAAAUAUAUAUUUAAAUUUCACGGACUAAGUUCGAUUAAUAAUAUUUUUAAAUCGCGCGUGUUAUGGUAAUUAAAUGUAAAGUUGUGUGACCACUCGGAAAGGCGUUGACCGCGUCGCUAAGUACAUUUAUGACAUUCUCCGAAUGUUUAUUUUAAACUUAAAGUUAAGGUCGGCAAAGGAAUUCCGAAAAUAUUUCAAGAAAAAUAAGUUAGAAUGCGCGAGAGUAUGCGGAGGUUAGCCUUUGACGACGGCGAGGAGAAGGCGGUGAGGGGGGUGCGAAGAGUGCGGGUGGAACUCCUCGACGGUGAACAUAUCACCAUCGAAGUACACCGGAAAGCCCGCGGUGAAGACCUGCUAGACAGAAUCUGCGAGGAUCUUGACGUCGCAGAGAAAGAUUACUUUGGACUUCUGCACCUCCAGCGAGGGGACCCCAGGGUGUGGGUCGAUCUCAACAAACGACUGUCCAAGACUUUUAGAAAUGAACCCUGGGAAGUAAUGUUUGCUGUUAAAUUCUAUCCCCCUGAACCUACGGAGUUGGAGGAUGAAGUGUCCCGAUAUCAAAUCGGUUUGGCCGUCAAGAAGGAUAUUGCCGAAGGUCGGCUGCCCUGCUCCCCCAUCACUCUAGCGCUGCUGAGCUCGUACGAGCUGCAGGCGGCGGCGGGAGACCACGGGGCGGGGUGUCAGUGUGGGGCGCUGCUGGCGGCCGCCCCGCCCCCACCCGCGCCCCUCGCGCGCUCCGCCCUGCAGGACAACGUGCACGCCCUCUAUCUGAAACACAGGGGCAUGAGUCCGGCGCAGGCGGAGCUGCAGUACCUGGCGAGCGCCGCGCGCCUGCCGCUGUACGGCGCGCACACGCACGCCGCGCGUGACGUCACGCUCGCACUCUCCGCCGCGGGACUCGCGCUCUGCAACGAAGGCGUGGUGCUGAGCCGCUUCCCGUGGCCGAAGAUAAUAAAGAUGAGCUACAACAAGCGCUCGUUUACACUGAAGCUGCGGGCCAGCGAGUUCGACGAGUUCGAGACGGACGUGAGCUUCAAGCUGCCCUCGACGAGAGCUUGCAAGAAGCUAUGGAAGUGUAGCGUGGAGCAUCAUAUCUUUUUUAGACGAGAGGCUCCGGUGUCUGUCCCGGGCCGGCACGGAGCCUGGGGCUCUCCGUCCUGCCGCCGCACGCUCCGCCAGCUGCGGGCGCGCCCGCCACACCUGACCUCCUGAUGCUGAACCUGUUCGACUGCAUGCUGGUUCCUGGACAGAGAUCCAUUUGAGUGAAAAUUAAUCACUCGU